AUGGAGGGCUCGCAGUCUACGCUGAAGGACGAACCGCUGCCUUUGCCCACCCUCAGCCCAGCAGUGCCCCCUUACGUGACUAUAGGCCUGACUGUGGUCUAUACUAUCUUCUAUUCGCUGCUUUUCGUCUUCGUUUACGUGCAGCUCUGGUUGGUGCUUAAAUACAGACAUAAGAGGCUGAGUUAUCAAACCGUGUUCUUGUUCCUCUGCUUGAUGUGGUCGGCUUUACGCACGGUCCUCUUCUCGUUUUACUUCAAAAACUUUGUGACAGCGAACACUUUGGGGCCAUUCCCCUUCUGGCUGCUGUACUGCUUUCCCGUAUGCCUCCAGUUCUUCACACUUAGCCUCAUGAAUCUAUAUUUUGCAAAGGUUGUUUUUAAGGCAAAGUCAAAGUAUUCCCCAGAGCUGCUGAGAUACAGGCUGCCUCUGCACCUGGCCUUCCUGCUCAUCAGCCUGGUGUUCGUGGUGGUGAACCUGGUGUGUGCGCUGCUGGUGAGGAUGUCCUCCGCCGACACGCACACCGUGGUCCUGGUGCGCGUCGCCAUCAACGACUCUCUCUUCGUGCUCUGCGCAGUCUCUCUGGCCGUGUGUCUCUAUAAGAUCGCAAAGAUGUCCCUGGCCAAUAUCUACCUGGAGUCGAAGGGAACAUCCGUGUGUCAAGUGACCGCCAUCGGAGCCAUCGUCAUCCUUCUGUACGCGUCCAGGGCCUGUUACAAUCUGGUCGUGUUGGGCCUUUCCAACAAGAAGAUCAACUCCUUCGACUACGACUGGUACAACGUGUCGGAUCAGGCAGAUUUGCAGUCCACACUGGGAGACACAGGCUACAUCGUGUUUGGAGUGGUGCUGUUUGUCUGGGAGCUGCUGCCCACGUCUCUCGUAGUGUAUUUCUUCAGAGUUCGGAAACCCACUCAAGACCGGAGCGGCACAGGGCUCCCGAGUCACGUUUUCUCCACUCGCUCUUAUUUCUUUGACAACCCGCGACGUUACGACAGCGACGACGACUUGGCCUGGAGCGUCAUGCCUCAGAACAUACAGGCCAGCCUGGUGUCGGACAGUUACGAAUGGGGCAGUCAGAGCAGCGGGAUUACGGCGUACAUCGGGGUAGAAGACUCGUUCCAGCUUCCCCCGUCCCUGGAGGAGCUCAGCCAUUACUGA